AAAAAUUUUGUCAGUCACCAGGAAGCGUUCGACAACAACAUUAGAAAUUUGUGUAGUCACCGUCAAUCACUGAGCAAAUUAGCUGUUUCGUCUAGCAUAUUGUAGAAGCUUCUGCGUUGCUUAUAUACUGGUGUUCAGAUAAUCUUGAAAUUAUUAGGUGAUUGUUAGUCGUUCGUAUUCGAAGUACCUACCCGGAAGUUAAUUCGUUUAAAACACAAUGGAAUUUCCAAAUCUGGGCAAACAUUGUUCGGAUAAAUUCUGCCAUAAACUCGAUUUCUUGCCAAUGAAAUGUGAUGCUUGUGGCGAAAUAUUUUGCUCUGAACAUUUUAGCUACCAGACACAUUCCUGCCCAUCAGCCUUUAAGAAAGAUGUUCAAGUUCCAAUAUGCCCGCUCUGUGGAGAGCCAAUUCCCACUCCACGGGAUGUCCCACCCGAUGUGACGGUCGGAGCCCAUAUCGAUCAGUACUGUCGCUCGGAGAAGAAAAAGAUUUACACCAAUCAUUGCACGUACAAAAAUUGUAAAAAGAAGGAACUCAUCCCGGUUUCGUGUGCGAUUUGUAAGCAAAACUUCUGCCUCCGGCAUCGUCACACGACCGAUCACGAGUGUAAGGGAACGAUCUCAUCACAGCGUCACCUAGCUGAACAAGCAGCGAUUCAGAGACAGCGACCGAGUGCGACCAAUAAUACUAAUUCGUCGCGGAAUGCUAGCGACAACCUCCUGGCUACGGUUCAGGGUAAUAUGUCCGAAGACGAAGCACUGGCAAGAGCUUUGGCGCUAUCGCUACAACAAGAAGAAGACGAGACGACAAGGGCGGCAGCCCGCGACAACAACGGGGAGAACGGAAGAAACGCAAACCGGAGUGGCAUACCCGUGGGAGGAAAUAACGCCAAGGACAAAUGCAGAUUAUCGUGAUCGUCGUUUGCAGGCUAACCGAGGACAAUCAAUCAUCACAAUUGCUUUUAUCGACCACCCGAGAAAGAAAAGUUUAAACCGUUAAAUCGUUAUCUUUCACUUCAUUCGUACUACUUUUAUAACUAAUUCAAAUAAUUCAGCGUCUAAUGUAUGUUCACGAGUGCAUUAAUAUAAAUAUA